AGAUGGGCAAGUCGAAGAAAUUGAAAUCAAGCGCCGGCGAUUUGAUUUCCAAAUCAGCACUCCCACUGGAUCUGCAGAUUGAACAGAGUAAACGUGAAAGUGGACGUGACGUAGCGCGCGUGAAACAACGAAAAUUGAAACGGGCCAAACCGGAUGAUGAGUACAUCGAUGAGUCGCUGUCAAAUAAAAUCCUUAAAACGGCUUGGAAGCAAAAGCAAGAUAUGGAAGAAAUGGAAGAAGCACAAACAGAGGAUAUGAUGCAGCAGAAUACACUAGAAAGGAUACGUAAAGUAAGCCUUGGGAACGAUUCGUUGAAUUCUCUAUCGGACGACGAUACCAUCUUUGAUAAUGAUGAUUAUGACAAUGCUGUGUUGCAAAUAAAUCCGGAAGAUGAAGCCGCAGUUGAAAAGUUUAUGUCGAAAACUGAUGCUCCAUCGCGGACACUUAACGACAUAAUAAUUGAAAAAAUUGAGAAAAAAAGAGUCGAACUUGAAUUGCGAUCUGUGUAUCCAGAAGAUGAUGAUUUUGUGAUAAAGGAAAUGGAUCCAACAGUUGUGGAAAUGUAUCGCGAGAUUGGUUUAGUAUUAUCUCGUUAUCGAAGUGGUAAAAUACCAAAAGCUUUUAAAGUCCUCCCAAAAAUGAUGAAUUGGGAGCAGUUAUUAUACCUUACGAAUCCUGAUAAAUGGUCAGCAGCAGCUAUGUACCAAGCGACCAGGAUAUUCGCAUCAAAUCUUCAUGCUAGAAUGUGUCAAAGGUUUUACAAUUUAAUAUUGUUGCCGCGGUUGAGAGAUGAUAUUGCCGAAUAUAAGAAACUCAAUUUCCACCUGUUUCAAGCGUUGCACAAGGCAGUUUAUAAGCCGCAAGCUUUUUUCAAAGGGAUUCUCUUGCCACUUUGCGAAUCAGGAACAUGCACAUUACGUGAGGCAACGAUUUUCGGUUCAGUGUUAACAAAAGCAUCAAUACCAGUGAUACAUGCUGCAGUCGCGAUGCUCAAGAUCGCAAAUAUGGAAUACACGGGCUCGAAUUCGUUAUUUUUGAGGAUACUUAUUGAUAAAAAAUAUUCUUUGCCGUACCGAGCCAUUGAUGCACUGGUAAAGCAUUAUUUAAGGUUUCGAAAAGAAGAGCGACAAUUACCUGUCCUUUGGCAUCAAUCACUGCUAGCUUUCGCACAACGAUAUAAAAAUGAUAUAAGCGAUGAGCAGCGCCUAGCUUUGAUGGAACUAACAAAAGUGCAAAGUCAUUACCAGAUAACGCCUGAAGUUUGUCGUGAGUUAAUGUCUGGUAAGAAGGAAGCAAACAAGCAAUCAAAUGCUGAAAGUAAAUAAACCAGUGAAAAACAAUCCCACAGUUAUCUUCUUGAAGGAAUUGUAUUCAUGCCUUUAAUUUGACUAUGACAGACACUUUUUCAUAUCAGUAGGAAGGGGCGGGAUGAGUUUUUUAUUAUUUUUUUAAAGUGAAAUUUCGUUGCCUGUUUUCAUGUUUUGGCAUAAGUCACAAGUGACAGUUCUUGUGGACGUUGUAUAAACAGACAGACUGGAUAAUGAAAUAUUAUAAAUGUGAGCAAGGAUAAUAAAGUGUGAUAAAUCAAUUUGUGUACUUUAAGGGUACUUGAUUAUAUGUUUUUUCUUUUUAAAUGGUUUUUGCUGGGCGCACCAUUGGCGAAGACAUAAUUGAAAUUAGAAAAGUUAAUUACUCCUGUCAUUUAUAUUCUCGAAUAUGGCAGUAAAAGUUCGACAUCGUUUCUUGUUUCAGUAGAAACUUUUGAGUUAGAAGCAAGUUACUUGCAUAGCUUCAAGCAGUUAGUACUAUGUAUGUAUAUGCUAGUACUGAAAAUACUGUAAUCUAUUGUCGU